GCGAGCCACAGGAGAACGAAGGCGAAAGAGAGAAAGACAUUCAUUCACAAGGGCAGAGCAGCCGGCCGGCCGUGGGACUGUGUGAGAGGAUCGAGUGUUGGUUAGCUUUCCAGCGAGAACGAGAGAGCAAAUAAAAUGGCGCGCGGCCUUCUGGAGGUGCAUCUGGUCCACGCCAAGGGCCUCUCCGGCACCGAUUUCCUCGGGAAGAUCGAUCCGUAUGUGGUGGUGCAGUAUCGGAGCCAGGAGCGCAAGAGCAGCACCGCCCGAGGCCAGUCCCUGCUUCCCUUCCACACAGCUCUGUUUUCUUGGUUCCUCUUCCUCGUCUCUACCCUGCUCCACGAAAGUAUAUUUUUGCUGAACGAAACAGUCGCGUUCUGUAAUGCAGAUGCGGGGAGGAACCCGAGCUGGAACGAGGUGUUGAGAUUCCAGAUCAACUCCUCCGCGGCCAACGUGCAGGAUAAGCUCGUCCUCCGGAUCAUGGACCACGACAACUUCUCAAGCGACGACUUCCUCGGCCAAGCAACGAUCAAUGUGACCGACCUGAUCAGCAUGGGCAUGGAGAGCGGCAAGUCGCGGCUGAACCCGGCCAAGUACAGGGUGGUCACCGCGGACAACUCGUACCACGGCGAGAUCAAGAUCGGCAUCACCUUCACCGCCGCAAAGGUUGAUGCCCAUUCCCAGGUUGAACAAGACGGAGCACAUGUUGGAGGCUGGAUGCAGACCUUUCGUGAGCAGAAGGUCUGAGGAUCCUUCGGUCGUGCAUAAUUAGUGGUGUUGGAUGUGGCAUGCUGCGUGGCUACUAUGCCAAUCGCAUCACAU